ACCAUAUUGUUCUCUAAUAGAAAGAAGAAAGAAAGAAAAAAAAAAUCUCCCAUCAUUCAUUCAUUCCAUUUCUUCAUAUGAGUUGAGGACGUUCUCUCUUACGCGGAUACAUAGAGGUGAUAUAAUAGCAAACCCAAAUUCCACUCUUUGGAGAGAAAGACCAUUCCAUUCCUCUGUCUUAGUUUCUUCUUCAUCUCAACUAAUUACUUACUAUGGGAACUCAAGCACCCCCCACAGAUAUUAUUGAUGAUGAAAAAAUCAAGAGGCAAAAAGCAAUUGAUGAUUGGCUUCCAAUGAGUUCUUCAAGAAAUGCAAAAUGGUGGUACUCUGCUUUUCACAAUGUUACUGCUAUGGUUGGAGCUGGUGUUCUUAGUCUCCCUUAUGCCAUGGCUCAACUUGGAUGGGGUCCCGGGGUAACGGUAUUAGUCCUCUCAUGGUUCAUCACACUCUACACUCUAUGGCAAAUGGUUGAAAUGCAUGAAAUGGUACCAGGAAAACGUUUUGAUAGAUACCAUGAAUUGGGUCAAUAUGCUUUUGGUGAAAAAUUGGGUUUGUAUAUUGUUGUGCCACAACAACUUAUUGUUGAAGUUGGUGUUAACAUUGUAUACAUGGUCACUGGAGGAAAAUCAUUGAAGAAAUUUCAUGAUACUGUGUGCAGUGACUGCAAAAAGAUCAAAUUAACAUAUUUCAUUAUGAUUUUUUCCUCUGUUCACUUCGUCUUGUCUCACCUCCCCAACUUGAACGCCAUCUCUGGGGUGUCUUUGGCCGCCGCAAUCAUGUCGUUAAGUUACUCUACAAUUGCUUGGGCAGCUUCUGCACAUAAAGGUGUUAUAGAAAAUGUUGAUUAUGGUUACAAAGCUACCACUACACCAGGAAAAGUGUUUGGAUUCUUCAAUGCACUUGGUGAUGUAGCUUUUGCUUAUGCUGGACACAAUGUGGUGUUAGAAAUUCAAGCAACAAUUCCUUCUACACCAGAAAAACCAUCAAAGGGUCCUAUGUGGAGAGGAGUUAUUGUUGCCUACAUAGUUGUGGCUUUGUGUUAUUUUCCGGUUGGUCUCAUUGGUUAUUGGAUGUUUGGCAACACUGUUGAGGACAACAUCCUUGUCACAUUAGAGAAACCAAAAUGGCUUAUUGCAAUGGCAAAUAUGUUUGUAGUUAUUCAUGUUAUUGGAAGUUAUCAGAUCUACGCAAUGCCGGUGUUUGAUAUGAUUGAAACUGUGAUGGUGAAAAAGUUGAAUUUCAAGCCUACCACGAUGCUACGUUUUAUUGUACGAAAUAUAUAUGUGGCAUUCACAAUGUUCAUUGCUAUUACCUUCCCGUUCUUCGGUGGUCUAUUAGGAUUUUUCGGUGGAUUUGCUUUUGCUCCAACAACAUACUUCCUACCAUGCAUCAUGUGGCUUGCAAUCUACAAACCAAGGAGAUUCAGCUUAUCUUGGUGUUGCAACUAUGUUUGCAUUGCACUUGGGCUAUGCUUGAUGAUUUUAUCACCUAUUGGAGGAUUGAGGUCAAUCAUACUUAAUGCCAAGGAUUAUGACUUUUAUUCUUAAGCUUCAUCCCUCAUAGAAACAAUAAUGGCAAAGUUAGGUAUGCAAAUACAAGAGAUGGAUUAAAUAGUAUGAAAGAAAUUGGUUAUUAUCUAAUUAAUGUGAAUUAGAGAUAUUAAUUUGCUUAUGGAACAUUUACACCUUGUUACUUAUUAAAGGCAAAAAGUAGCAACAUCAAAGUAAAGGAUACUAUCUAGAUUUCUUUUUCUUUUAUAAACUCUCAAUGUAUAUUGCUUUCCUCUAUUUUGGUGAACUUUGGUUGUAUAAUUACAUAUUCUGCUUUUGAAAAUAGAUAAUUUUGUGGGAUUUUUUUUCCAAAUUA